AUGGCGGGUGGGCAAGUAUUAACCGGUUCUACAUAUGGGCUCGACGGCGCGUUUCCAGAUCACCUACAACCAGCAUUACUGCGGAUCUAUGCAAAGAUAUCCGCAGAAUGGCAUGAAUUUAUAAAAAUCGACGAAUCACCCGACUUCACCAGGAGAAAUGAAAGCGUCCGCGUGACUGAAACGAACAUAGAAGUGGGUUUCAGAAAACGCCAAUUCGAUCAGCCAGUGUCCUCGACCCAGCCAAUAGAUCUAGGAAGGAAGCGUUGUCGCCGAAACCUUGAUUCACCAGAAGAUGCCAACACCUAUAUACCGAGUGUCACUGCUGAUAUCAACGACGUCGGGCUUGAUCACGGAGAUACUAUUACGUACCCAUCUACCAUCCCAGACGAAACAACACACUCUUUGAAAUUACUAGAGGACCAGUCUUUACUCACGGUGGGGGCGUUUGUAGAUCUUCCCGCCUUCAAUUUGGUCGUAUGUAGCAGCUGCAAGUACGCCGUUUUAGCCGACGAGAUUAAGAGUCACCUUCAGAAUCCAACACAUCGAUACAGUUACACAAAAGACCAGGGACAGAAAAUAGUCGCCAAGAUUAGUAGCAUUCCCGCAAUCUUGAGGAACCAAGACGAUCUGCGUAAUUUUUGUCUACCUCCUCCUGAAACGAGGGCAAUCCCGUUUAUUGAACCACCAAGAGAAAGCAUCGUUUCGACAUCCAUGGAUUGA